AUGGAACGAACGAAUGAAGUACCUUCGUAUUUAUAUUUCCGGAAGUACUUUCGUAUUAUUACAGUAAUACCUUCGAAGAUACUUUUGCGAGAUAUUGGUCACCACGCACUAUGUCGAAAGCGCACCGGAACAGGAGGAGCAAAGGUCGAACACUAUUCUUUUUACUAUUGCUUUCGUGGAGUUCCCUUCUUUUGGUACGACGUGCCACGCCGUGAACACCUUGCAGUAGGCAACGGUAAACAUGCCAUCGAGGCCUCCUCGGCUGAGGUAUAUUAUACUAGUGUUUACUGGAAUGACUAUGAGAUUGUUCGGCGGUAUAUGAACCGCUUGGCCACUGGGGACGAAAGAGUCACUUGGCAAGACCACUUACUUCGUUUUAGGAAUGGAAAGCCCUUCAAAAAAGCACUCAUCUUGAGUUGUGGAAACGGUUGGGUCGAAGCGGAAUUGUUCUCAAAAGGUGUUAUCGAAAGUGCAGUUGGUGUAGAUAUAAAUGCCGAUCUUCUCACGCUCGCUCGACAGCGAACAGUACGAAGCAACCUGCCUUUUCGUUACUACCUUCUUGACUCGAAUCAGGUGACCACGUUUCCAGAAAAUGGAUAUGACGUUGUUAUAAACCACGCUGCACUUCACCACGCUGCGUAUAUUGACCGUCAGGCCAGAGCAGUCUACCGCGUUCUCGUCGAAAAUACUGGUAUUCUAGUUAACUUUGAUUAUACGGGGCCUCACAGAAACCAAUACGACGAAAUCGAGUGGGACGCAAUGAUCAAACUAAACGAAAAGAGCCUUCCUAAAUUUCGCAAGGAAAGGCUUCGGUAUCCGCAUCUGCCGACCAUGCUUAAAUUGGACCCUAGUGAGGCUAUUCACAGUGAACUCAUAAUUCCAACGCUUAACCGAUAUUUUAUGCCAAUUUGGAAUAGAAGUAUUAACGGCGGCAUAGCCUAUGAGUUACUGACGCACAACAAGAACCUAGCGAAGUUCCGUGGCUUCGACGGGUCGAACUUGGACGCUGAACUGAAAUUUCACUUUCAUAAUAUUAUUGCAGCGGACGAAAAACACGCGCACAGAAGACCAAACUCGAGCCUCUUCUGGUACUCGGUGAUGCAACCGAAAUUCAACUUGAGUGAAGGCCUACUUCUAAAUUGGAGUGAAGAAGAACGGGUUCGAGAAGAAAAAGCUAUGAAUAACGGAGGAAUUUACUACCCUGUCUCUUCUGUGGCUAAACGUUAUCAACAAAACGCUCCGCGUUUGUUCGGUGGAUAGCUGCGGUACGUCUUCACGCAAGUGUGCAGUCCACGGGGCGAAUUAGCUAUCUUAUCGCUGCGUUUCCCAGCUCACACCCCGGACGUUGGUGAGCGUGCGUGAGACGGGAAGAUCCGAAAGUGUUACACGGGAAGACUGAGUCAGCUGGCUGCGCGGAAGUUAUUAGCCAUAGUUACACAUACAGCUACCUGGUACGAAAGUACUUUCGUACCUUCGUUCGUACGAAGGUACACAGCUACACACUACCUUCGAAGGUACCUUCGUACACAGCUACACACUACACAGGUACGAAAGUACUUUCGUACGAAAGUACGAAAGUACCUUCGAAGGUACACAGUAGACAGUACACACUACACAGCCUACACAGUACACACUACACACUACACAGCUACCUUCGUACACAGUACACACUACACAGCUACACACGUACGAAAGCACCUUCGUACGAAGGUACGAAAGUACACAGCAGGGGUAACUUACUAAAAUUUCGACACUAAGUAAAUACACGACUGCCGGAAAAAAAGGUAAAUAAAUAAAUAUUUCAAGGUACCGCAG